GGUUGUGAGUGAAGAAGCGAGAAAAGGUAAUCACAAAAGUAUUAAAAAAUAUUAUUUAAUUGAAAUGAGAGAGAAAAUUUAGUUGUUUUUAGUGAAUUAUAGGGUAAAAAAAAUGAAAGGGAUGUGAAUGCUCUAACAUUUUUGAAACGUGCCAUUUCAGUCCAAAAAAAAUCCAGAAUAAAGUGCAUAACAUUCUCGAAACACUCGAUUGAAGUGACUUCAAUAAGGGAAAAUUACUAAAAUAGACAAUGUUGACCAAGAUUUCUUCAAAACAGAGACACUUUUUUUUCAAAUUUCUAAAGUGUUUAGACCAAUCAGAAAAUGCAUCUAAGUCUUAGCCGGUACUUUUUGGCACAAAAAUUCAUGUUUAGCUGGUGCAUUGCCGGUUAGACAGCUCGUUGGUUAGCCGACGUCUAUUUAGGAAAAGUAAAAAAAGUAUGCCUAUUUUGGAAAAGUCAACGUCAACAUUGUCUAUUUUGGUAAUUUUCCCGUUCAUAAACAGCAGAGCUAAAACGUUUCAUUUUAGUUGUUUAGAAAGAAAUUAUACUUUCUCGAAAUGUGAUACACAGGGAAAGAAACUAAUAGAACCCGGUUUGCUACUUCUAACCGGGUCCGUUAGUUUCUCCAUGAUAGAACCCAACCCGGUCUCUUUGCCACAAACUGGUUCCCCAUAAAUUUUAAGUCUAAUGUAAAAAAAAAAAAAAAAAAUCUGAAUAGCAUGAAAUGUAAAUUUCUGUGAAUUUCAGAUACCCAGCUGACUCUACGUGUCUAAUAUUUCUGGAAUGGAUGAAGAGAAAGUUGGGGAAAAAAAUUCAAAUGAAGCAAACCCCGGUGAUCAAGACUCCCCUGAUUAUGGCAGUGAGGAUUCAUUUGUAACUCCAGAUUCAUCUUCAGGACGGUUUAACAUCGAUGUUUCUCCAAAUGAAGACAGAAGUGGUUCAGGUAAACGGUCUGAAAAGCAUGACUCGAAAGAUAGUGGUUCAUCAAAUAAACAGCCUGAAAAGAAUGAGUCGAAAGAUAGUGGUUCGAAUAAACAGCCUGAAAAGAAUGAGUCGAAAGAUAGUGGUUCGAACAAACAGCCUGAAAAGAAUGAGUUGAAAGAUAGUGGUUCGAAUAAACAGCCUGAAAAGGGUGACUCGAAAGAUGGUCAUGUUGUUGAUACAGCUAAACCGUUAUCUGUUAAAGAAGCUGUUUCCAAGUUUGGUGCUAUUGUCGACUGGAAAACUCACCGAGCUCAGAAGAAUGAGAGACGCAAGUUCAUAGAACAAGAACUCGAAAAGGCCCAAGAGGAGAUACCAAUAUUCAAACAAAAAUCCGAGCUAGCCGAACAAGCAAAACAAAAGGCAUUAAAACACCUAGACGGUACCAAAAGGUUAAUACAAGAACUCAAACUGAAUCUAGAACGAGCCCAAACCGAAGAACGCCAAGCCAAACAAGACUCAGAACUCGCGCAGUUACGCCUCCAAGAACUUGAACAAGGAAUCACCGAUGAAUCAUCAAGUGUAGCAGCCAAAACCCAACUCGAAGUAGCCAAAGCCCGCCACGAAAAUGCAGCUUCAGAACUCAUAACGGCCAGAGCAGAACUCGAAGAAACGUGCAGAGACUAUGAAAUAUUAAUAUCCGAACGAGACUUUGCGGUUCAGAAAGCGAAAGAAGAAGUGUCCGCAGCUAGAGAACUCGAAGAAGAAGUCGAAAACUUAACGAUCCAGCUCAUAACAACGAAAGAAUCUAUUGAGCACAUACAUGUUUCACAUUUGGAAACCGAAGAACAUUGGGUUCACGAAGCGAACGAACGAGAUCAAGAACUGUUGGCGUUGGAUCAGGAACUGAAACGAACCGAACAAGAGUUAGAGAAAGUUAAACAAGAGAUUGUUAGAGCAGAAGACUUGAAGUCGAAGCUCCAAACCGCUUCGCGGUUACUUCAUAGUUUAAAAGAUGAAUUAGCGGUUUAUAUGCAAGGGAAGGUGCCUGAAGAAGAUCAUGAGAAGUUUACGCGUAAAGAUGUACAAUCAGGUGUCGCGAUAGCGAAGAAGAAUCUUGAUGAAGUUAUUCGUAAUAUCGAAAAAACAACCGAAGAGAUAAUGAGUUUGAAAACCGCUGCAAAGUCGUUAACCGCACAACUAGAGGGUGAGAAACAAGUUUUGGAGAAUAUCCGAAAGCAAAAAGGGUUAGGAGCGGAUACGGUUGUGAAUCUUGAAUCCGAGAUGAAAAGGGCCCGAUUAGAACUCGAAGAGAUUCGAAGAAAAGAAAAAGAAGCCCGUGAAAAGCUUGUGGAACUCCCGAAACAGUUGCAAAAAGCAGGUGAAGACGCUGAACACGCUAAGUUGUUUGCCGAAGGAGCCCGUUUGGUGUUGAAAAGAGCGAAAAUAGCGGCUGAUCAAUCCAAAAAUGAAGCGAGUUCAAUACUGAGUCAACUCGCUACGAUUGAGAAGGAGAUCGAGGCUGCACGGGCUCAGGAGAAGUUAGCAUUAGGAGCCAUUAGCGCGCUAUACGAGAGUGAGUCGGCUCGUAUUACGAAAAAAGAAGACCCAAAAGGCGGGAUCACGAUCACGUUAGAGGAGUAUUAUGAACUAAGUAAACGGGCCCAUGAUGCGGAAGAAGCGGCUGGUAAACGGGUUGGUGAAGCCAUGGCUCAAAUUGAUGAAGCAAAGGAGUCAGAAAUGCAAAGUUUGAAUAAACUUUUACAACUGAACUCGGAAAUCGCUGCGCAAAAAGAAGCGUUGAAUGUUGCGUUGCAAAAGGCGGAAAUGGCUAAAGAGUCGAAGUCGAAUAUAGAAGACGAGCUCAAGAGACGAAAUGGUGAAACGCGAGAAGAGGUGGGUUUGAGCUCAAGAGAUGAAACGUCGAAAACGCAGAAUGAAACGACAUCAGAUAAACUUGUUGCAUCAAGCAGUUCGAAGAAGGAAGGAUCUUCAAAAGGAAAAAGUAACACUAAUGAGGGGAAAUCUAGUAGUGUUAGAGGGUUGUUUAAGAAAAAGAAGUUUAUGCCAAAGUUUUCACUCAUGUUUAUGGGGAAGAAAAAAUCGACUUCGAAUAAGCAUUCUUGAGUAUUCUUUUACUUCUUGAUUGUACAAAGUACCCUUUGUAGUUUGUUGUAUCAUAUACUCGGUAAUUUCUUUGCA